CGAAACCCCGCUUGGAACAAACACCCAGAGUAGUGGUUUCUCUCUCUCUCAACACUCGUCGUGGUUCCAACAGAUUUUUAAAAUUUCUCUACAAAUUUCACUAAUUUAUCCAUCCACUACUUGUGAUCAGCAGCAAAAUGCCGCGAGGAAAGUACGUGAACCACAAGGGUCGCGGGAGGAGUUUCACCUCCGCCGAGGAACUCGCCAGGGAACAGAAAGACAUGCAGAACAAGAAGAAUGCCAAGGCCAGGCGCCCCAAGAAAGCCGAGGGCGAGGAGUCGGACUCUGAAGAAGAGAGCGACUCCUCGGACGUGGAUACUACUACCACAACACAGCCAAAGGUCAUCCCUGAAGGUGGUGGAGAAGGUGGCGGAGGGAGUGAGAGUGAGGAGUCCUCGGAAGAUGAGAAUAGAAAAAGCAAAGGCGUUGAGGGCCUGAUAGAAAUAGAAAACCCGAACCGUCGCGUCGUUAAGCAGAAGAAAUUGAGCCAGUUGGAAGACACGAGUGGGGGUCCAUCCUCUUCUACACCUUCCGCGGCGGGAGGAGCUACGUCAUCCGCCCCAGAACUGAGUCGAAGGGAAAGGGAAGCGAUCGAGAAGCAGAAGGCGAAGGAAAGAUAUCAGAAAUUACAUGCGGAGGGGAAGACGGAAGAGGCCAGGAAGGAUUUGGCCAGGUUGGCGAUCAUUAGGAAACAACGCGAGGAAGCCGCUGCAAAACGCGCGGAGGAAGCCACCCAAAAAGAAGCCUUGAAACAAACUAAACAAACCGAAACGGCCAAGGCGCUCGGGAAAAAGUAAUCUUUUUCUAUGUGUAAAAUUUCAAUUUUUUUAUAUUAUUCUCCAUCGUCUACGAAGUGUGUGUGUAAAAAAAUAUAAAAUUUAUAAGCUAUAAACUAUCCUAAGAGACAAAUCAAA